ACCAGAUACUUGUGCUCUUUUGAAAAACAAAAAUUUUCAUCAUGUUUCUUGGUACCACCAUGUCGCGCUCGCUCCCACCCUCUUCUCCUUUGGAUUUCCCAGCAACCUCGGUUGGAUUUCCUGCGAAGGACAAAGUUGGGAACGGAACUAACAUGAUGCAGAUGUUAGAGGUGAAUAAAGAAAGAAUAAAGAAGUUGCUUGAAAAUGUUGAGCUAUCUGUAUCAAGUUAUGACACUGCUUGGGUGGCAAUGAUACCAUCACCUACUUCUCCACAAGAUCCUUUGUUCCCUCAAUCUUUGAAUUGGUUAUUAGAAAAUCAACACAUAGACGGAUCAUGGGGUCUUCCUGGUUGUAAUAAUGAGUUAUUGUCUAAAGAUUCACUUCUAUCAACCUUGGCUUGUGUUCUUACACUAAAACAAUGGAGCGUUGGUGAACAACAAAUCAAUAGAGGACUUGGAUAUAUUGAAUCAAACAUUGCUGCAGCUCAUGAUGAUAAACAACUUUCUCCAAUUGGAUUUGAUAUUAUCUUUUCUCAUUUAAUUGAGCAAGCCCAAAAUAUGAAUCUAAAUCUUCCUUUUGGAGGGAAAUGCUCAGGGUCAUUUGUCCAAAAGAGAGAAUUGGAGCUCCAAAGUGGGUGGGGAAGCAACUCGGAAGGAUGGAAAGCAUAUGUCGCGUACAUUUCAGAAGGAUUUGGAAAGUCACAUAAUUGGGAAAUGAUAAUGAAAUUUCAGAGAAAUAAUGGCUCUCUUUUUAACUCUCCAGCUGCCACCGUAGCAGCAUACACUCAUAUUAACAAUGCACACUGUCUUGAUUAUCUGGUUUCACUGUUGGAUAAAUUUGAACAUGCUGUUCCAACUAUACAUCCUUUUGAUGUGUAUGCUCGACUCCAUAUGGUAGAUAGUCUUGUGAAACUAGGGAUCAAUUGCCAUUUCAAGGAGGAAAUUAUAAAUGUAUUGGAUGAUACAUGGAGGAUGUGGCAACGGGAAGAAGAUGAUAUAGUUUUAGAACCUACCACAUGUGCCAUGGCAUUUCGUUUACUACGUUUGCAUGGAUAUGAUGUUUCUUCAGAUGCACUUGAUCGUUUUUCAAAGGACAAAUUCUUCAAUACCCUUCAGGGUUAUUUGAAGGAUGUUGAGGCUGUUUUGGAAUUACAUAAAGCCUCACAUAUAGUUUCAAAUUCAAAUGAUUCAGUUUUGGAUGAACUAAACACCUGGACAGGACACUUUCUUCAUGAAUAUUUGUCUUCUUCCUCGAGAAAUACUCAUAAAAUUUAUAACAAUAUUGACCACGAGGUAUCUUUUGCUUUGUGUUUUCCUCAUCAUGCUUAUUUGGAUUUUGUAUUCAAUCGAAGAUCUAUAGACCAUUAUAGAGUGGAUCAAAAGAGAAUUUUGAAAUCUUCAUAUAGUUCUUUCAACCUCGCAAAUAGUGAAUUCCUGAAAUUAGGAGUGGAAAACUUUAACCACUGUCGGUUGUUAUUUCAUGAAGAACUUGAUCUAUUUAAUCGGUGGGUUAUGCAUAGUGGACUAGAGAAACUACAUUUUCCAAUUUCAAAAACAAAAGCUGCCUAUACCUUCUUGUCUGUUUCAACGACACUCACCUCUCCUGAACUUCGUGAAGCACGUCUUACAUGGGCAAAACAAGGCUUGCUCGGCUGUAUGGUUGAUGAUUUCUUUGAUGUUUGGAGUACCGAACAUGAACAGAUAAAUCUCGUACAGUUAAUGGAGAAGUGGGACAUAGAUGUCAACAAAGAAAGUUGUUCUGAGACGGUGAAGAUACUAUUUGAAGCAUUAAAGAGAACAAUAUGUGAGACUGCAACCCAAGUAUAUAAAGUUCAAGGGCGUUGUGUGUUGAACCACUUGAUUCAAACUUGGGUGGAUUUGCUGCGGUCUAUGUUAAAGGAAGCAGAAUGGUCCAGAGGUAAGUGUGUUCCAAGCAUAGAAGAAUAUGAGCGUAACGGAAUCAUAACAUUAGCAUUGGGACCAAUUAUCGUCCCUGUAGUAUAUCUUGUUGGACCCAAGCUUCCACAGGCUAUCAUUGAAAGUGAUGAAUACAAUCGCCUCUUUGAGGUUGUCAGUCUCCAUGGGCGAUACCUCAAUGAUAUCAACGGUUACCAGAGAGAGAAAGAACAAGGGAAAUUUAUCAACUCAAUAAGCUUGCGCUUGAACCAUGGGUGUGGGGCAGGAAGUGAAGAACAGAUUAUAAAAGAGAUAAAGAGAAAGAUUGAUGAGACAAGAAAAGAGCUGUUGAGAUUAGUGCUGCAGAAAAAAGGAAGCAUGAUUUCAGCUGAUGUCAAAGAUGUUUAUUGGAAAAUGUGUAGAACACUUCACCUAGCUUAUAAGAAGGAUGAUGUGAUUCAUGCCAAGGAGAUGCCUAAUGAGGUGUUGAACAUCUCGAACGUAGUUCUAAAUCAUCCUAUCAUUUUGGAUUCAUAGAUCACAUAGCAUUCCAAACUCUCUCAUUUCAUUGGAAACUUCAAAUUACAAGAAGCUUGAACUAAGGAUUAAACAUGACUAAGUCCUUUAGGGCCACAGAAAGAUGAAUAAAGGGUCUAUGGGUUAGUCCAAUUUAUUAUUGUAGAAGACUAAGCAUCAUUAAUCUUGAUAUUCUUGUACAUAUAGGUUGUAUUCCAUUGGCCUAUAUAAGAAUGUGCUAAACAUUAGUGUAUGUUGACUUUUCCAAUUGAUGAAAAAAGUUUAUAGAAAUAUUAAUCUGGAUAUUUAUCAUU